GCUCAGCUCGCUUUUUUAUCGGCGGAACGCCUCGUUUUUUCGGCCCGCGGCGGCGAGUGUCGGCGAGCCGGCCGAGUUUUUGCAGCGCAGUCCACUUGUCGCCCCGAUGGCGUGCAGCUUCCCCACAAGCCAAGCCAUCGUGGUCGGGGGCGGCCUCGGGGGCAUGUCCGCGGCCAACACGGUGGUGGAGAACGGGGGCCGGGUGGUGCUGUUGGACAAGAGCUCCUUCUGCGGGGGCAACUCCACCAAAGCCACCAGCGGCAUCAACGGUGCAGGCACCAAGACCCAGAAGGCCAAGGGCAUCCCGGACAACGCGGACAUCUUCACGCAGGACACGCUGAAGGGCGGGGCCAAGAAGCCGGAGCUGGCGAAGCUGCUCUGCGUGAACUCCGCGGCGGACGUGGACUGGCUGGUGGAGAAGUUCAACCUGGACCUGUCGCUGGUGGCGCGGCUCGGGGGCCACUCGCAGCCGCGGACCCACCGGGGCAAGGAGCGGUUCCCGGGGAUGACCAUCACCUACGCGCUGAUCCAAAUGCUCGAGAAGGUGGCGGAGAAGACGGACCUGGCCCGCAUCGUCACCAAGGCCAAAGUCUUUAAGCUCAUCUGCGAGAACAGCGUCUGCGUGGGCUGCGUCUACGAGAAGGGCGGCCAGGAGUUCAAAGAGUUCGGCCCGGUGAUCUUGGCCUCCGGCGGCUUCGGCGCAGACUUCACCAACGACUCCCUGCUGGCCAAGUACCGUCCCGACCUGCUGCAUCUGCCCACCACCAACGGCGAGCACUGCACCGGGGACGGCAUCAAGAUGGGGGAGGCCAUUGGAGCCACGAGCAUCGACCUGGAGUGGGUUCAGGUGCACCCGACAGGCCUCGUCAAGCCGGAUGACGCGGACGCCAAGAUCAAGUUCCUGGCCGCGGAGGCGCUGCGGGGCGUGGGGGGCAUCAUCCUGAACGCCGAGGGGAAGCGCUUCUGCAACGAGCUGGGGCGCCGGGACUACGUCACCGGAGAGAUGUGGAAGAGCAAGCCGCCCUUCCGGCUGUGCCUCAACAAGGCGGCCUCCGAUGAGAUCAUUUGGCACUGCAAGCACUACACGGGGCGCGGGGUGAUGAAGAGCUACGCCAGCGGAGAAGACCUCGCCAAGGACAUGGGAGUGGCCCUCUCCGUGAUCGAGCAGACCCACGAGGAGCACUACCAGGCGGCCAAGAAGACGGAGACGGACCCGGAUGGGGGAUCUUGGCCAGCCUACCCCUCCGGCAAGAGCUGGGACGAGGCCAGCGGCAAGACGGGCAGUGGCAAGAAGUUCUACCACAACAUCAUCCCCGGGUCCGCGGUGAAGAGCGAGCCGUUCUAUGUGGCCAUCAUCACCCCGGUGAUCCACUACUGCAUGGGUGGCCUGCUCAUCGACACGGACUCCGCGGUGGUUGGCCCCAAGAACAAGGCCAUCCCGGGGCUCUACGCGGCCGGGGAGGUGGCCGGCGGCGUGCACGGCAACAACCGCCUCGGGGGCAACUCCCUGCUGGACUGCGUGGUCUUCGGGCGCGUGGCGGGCCAGGCAGCCGCCAAGUACAUGCUGGGCGCGGACGUGAAGGCCGUGGAUCUCAUGGAGCUCACGGGGGGCUUGACGGGCCAAGUGCAGAGCUCCAAGCUCGCAGGUGGAUCCUAUGAGGACAAGAUGAACUCCGCGCCCGCGGCCACUGCCAAUGGAACUGGCGGCGGUGGUGGCGGCAUCACCAUGUCAGAUGUGGCCAAGCACAACUCGAAGAGCGACUGCUGGGUGGUGGUGGACGGCCAAGUGCUGGACGUCACCUCCUUCCUCUCGGAGCACCCGGGAGGCGAGCUGGCGAUCCUGACCUUCGCCGGCAAGGACGCCACGGAGGAGUUCAACAUGAUCCAUCCCCCCGAUGUCAUCGGCAAGUACGCCCCGGACUCCAUCGUCGGCACCCUCGGCGGCGGCGGCGGCGGCGGCGGCGCUGUGGCCAACGGAGGCGGCGGAGGCGGAGUUGCGGGCGGCAUCCCCAUGGAGGAAGUGGCCAAGCACAACUCGAAGAGCGACUGCUGGGUGGUGGUGGACGGCCAAGUGCUGGACGUCACCUCCUUCCUCUCGGAGCACCCGGGGGGCGAGCUGGCGAUCUUGACCUUCGCCGGCAAGGACGCCACGGAGGAGUUCAACAUGAUCCACCCCCCGGACGUCAUCGGCAAGUACGCCCCCGACGCCGUCAUCGGCGCGGUGGGCGCCCCCGGCGCCGCGGCGCCCGCCGCAGCCGCGAAGGCCGGCGGGGCGCCGGCGCGAAAGGACAAGGGUGGGAAGUUGGCGAACCACCACGCCUGGGGCCACUUGGACGGCGACCUGCAGCCCAACUGGCGGGUGGAUUUGGAGGACAAUCCAGGUGCGCUGCUGAUCAACGUGAAGUCGUACUUCAACGCCACCUGGUUCCUGCUGCUGUCCGUCCUCUACGAGGUCUGCGCCACGAUCUUCACGGCCAAGAACAUCAAGAUCUCCAACGACCGGCUGGGCCUCACCCGCAGCGCCAUUCUGCUGAUCCUCUUCAUCGUGAUCCACGCCGUGGGGAAUCUCCACGUCUUCAAGGGCCCGGACGACUUCAACGGCUACGGCUACUUCUACGUGCGCCUCUACUGGACCGGCUUCGGACUGCCGGCCAACAUCGUGGAGGAGUACAUUUUGCUGAGCGUGCUGCUGCACGUCUUCGUGGGUUUGAAGCGCACCUGGGACAUGAAGCUGGCGCUGGUGAACUCGCAGGGCAUCAACGUGCUGAACUUGGCCAUCUCCGGGCUGAUGCUGCUGACCUUCAUGACCAUCCACCUCUUCCAGUUCCGCUUCGGUGACACGGAUCAAUUCGGGCCUUACUACGUGCGCCCACCUCCCUACUUGAUCAACUUCUGGGGCAUUUUGUCGCUGAACCUCUUCUGGACCCAGGACACAUCCAUCGAGCCGGUGGGCGUCAGAGACAUCUACGCCUUAGAGUUCCAGAUCUUCAAGAACCCCCUGUGGUCCAUGUUCUACAUCUUCUCGGUGGUGAUCUUCAUGAUCCACGCCUGCCUGGGCUGGAAGAAGGUGACCCCGGUGCUGGGCAUCCCGCGGGGCCACAUCGCAAAGGUGGAGAUGAUCGGCUACGCCAUCAUGAUUGUCAUGGGCCUGGUCUACAUCUCCUUCCCCCUCUACGUCAUGGCCACCUCCCCCUUCAGCGGCUACGAGGACAGCAUCCAGGCUCCCGGAAGGGUCGAAUGAGACCCGACGAGACGAGUUGCGACCUGCGAGCGGCAUGUAGCUUUCGUCAGCUGUGCCGAUCAACGGAUUUCAGGGCCCUUGGGCUGUUGUGAGCUGGGGGCGUGGAUGUGUCCGAACCGGGGAACCACCUUU